AUGACACUCAAACAACAAAAUGACAGACCAUGCCUCGUCCGGUGGUACAUCGAUACUCGACCAUUGACAUCAAGUACCUCUACCCUCCCACUCCUCCAAACCCUCCAACCACUGGACCAAGAAACAGUCAAGAAAUACUACCAACUACCGGACAGACACAUGUCCCUGGCAUCCUAUCUACUCAAAUACCUCUUCAUUCAUCAAAUCUGUCGCAUUCCAUGGCAGGAAAUCCACAUAAGCCGGACACCAGCACCGCAUCGUCGGCCCUGUUUCGUCCCUACUAAAUCCUCCCACCAGGCCAUUCCCAAUGUCGAAUUCAAUGUUAGUCACCAGGCGUCUCUUGUCGCGCUUGCGGGGACUAUCUAUUCGCCAUCGGAUUCGUCGCCUGAUGCGGUGUUCACACAGCCCGUUCCAUCUGGAGCUCCUUUACCGUCCGUACCACAAGUCGGAAUCGACAUCACUUGCGCAGAUGAAAAGCGUGGGAGCAGAGCGUCCAACCCUCCCACAACACAUGAAGCACUGGCUGAAUUCGUUGACAUUUUUGCCGAGGUCUUCUCCGCACGCGAACUGAAGACGAUGAAGAAUGCGCGCGGACCAACAUUACCACCUGGGCUGCAAAGGAACGCCGCAGAGGUCCAGUACGGACUAUGGAUGUUCUAUGCAUACUGGGCUCUGAAAGAAGCAUAUAUAAAGAUGACAGGAGAGGCACUCCUGGCUCCCUGGCUCAGGGAGUUGGAGUUCACAGAUGUUAUUGUUCCGGAGGCGUCCGAUGUGACGGGGCAAUGGAGUCGGCCGUACACAGGGGUUAGGACAUGGCUGCAUGGGAAGCUGGUGGAGGAUGUGCGGGUUGAGAUUGUGGCGUUUGGGAGGGAGUAUCUCAUUGCGACGGCUGUCAGAGGCGCGGGGAUUGGAGCUGGGAGUCGUGCGUUGGACGGUGUGGAAAGUAUUGAUCCGUGGGAGUCGUUGGAGAAGGUUGACAUUGACAAGGAUAUCACUGCAUGUGCGACAGGGUUGUGUCAUUGUUUAAAGCAAUAG